AUGGCGGAGCAGCAGCAGCAGACGCCAACCGGCGCCCCCAACAACGAACCCGAUUACUCGACAUGGCCUACCUCCAGUCUGAUCGCGCGCAUCACCGAGCUCGAGCGCCAACUCCACUCCCGAACGGCGGAGUACGCCGCAUCGCCCUCGGCGCAGGAAACACAAAAUCCUGCCGCCGCCGCAGGUGUCACACCCAAGCAGCAGCCGAACAGUAAGAAAGAUAAGCCUGCCAACAAACUGCCACCUUCUUCCACGGCAGCCAAGAAAGGAGUGCAGCAGCCGCCCAAACCCCGGGCACCGAAAGUGCGCCGUGAUAUCGAUCCCUCCAAGUACAAUACCCGCUUCGUCGCGCUGAAGUUUGCCUACCUGGGACAGCGGUACAACGGGUUGGAACAUGCGAACGGCAACGCCACGCCGCUUCCGACCAUCGAGGAGGAACUCUACAAGGCGCUGCGCAAGACGCGCCUGAUUUUCCCGACGGAUACGUCCGGGGAUGACUUCGUCGAGAGCUUCGCGCCGCGGGAGGUCAAGCCCUACUGGAUCAAUUGGGAUGGAUGCCAGUAUUCCAAGGCCGGGCGCACCGAUCGCGGUGUGAGCGCUUUCGGACAGGUCGUCGGGAUCCGGGUGCGCAGUACGCGGCCGAUGCGCAAGACCGAUGCGCGAAACCCGGACACAGCGAUGGAGAAUACGGAGGAAGCGGAGAAGGAGUGGGACCAUAUCAAAGAUGAGCACCCUUAUGUGAGCAUAUUGAACAAGGUCCUUCCGCAGGAUAUUAGGAUUCUGGCGUGGUGUCCCAACCCCCCGGAAGGGUUCGAUGCUCGUUUCUCCUGCGGAGAACGCCAUUACAAGUACUUCUUCACUCAGCCGGCAUUUUCUCCUACUCCCGGGCCUUACGGCUUAAUGCCCCGCUCUAACGAUGGAAGCAAUACUCGUCCGAAGUACAGAGAAGGUUGGCUGGAUAUUGAGGCGAUGCGCGAGGCCGCCAAGUACUUCGAGGGUACACAUGACUUCCGCAAUUUCUGCAAAUUGGACGUUACCAAACAGAUAGAGUCUUUCCACCGCGAUAUCUUCCGUGCUGAUAUUGAAUUGCUUGAUGCCAAAAAGACUCCGCUUGGUUAUGUCACUGAGCCAGAAUUCCGCGCUGUUGAAGGCGAGCAAGAAACUGGCACUUCCGACGAGCCUACACCCACUGCGGCUAAGGUGUACGUCUUCAAUUUAGAGGGAUCUGCGUUCCUAUGGCAUCAGGUUCGACACAUGGUCAGUGUUCUGUUCCUUGUUGGCCAGGGUCUUGAGCCCCCAACCAUUGUAAGGGAUUUGCUGGAUGCGUCGAAGCACCCGCGCAAGCCAACCUAUGAAAUGGCGUCCGACGCCCCUCUUGUCCUUUGGGAUUGUAUCUACCCCGAUAGGCAGAGCGGGAGCCGUGAGGAUACGCUAGAAUGGAUCUAUGCUGGCGAUAUCCGACAAAUCAAGUCCCAUCUCGGUAAAGGUGGCGGCAAGUUUGGUCUCGGUGGAAUUGUUGAGGAGCUCUGGGCUGUCUGGAGACAGCGUAAGAUCGAUGAGAUCUUGGCUGGCACACUGCUCGACCUGGCCGUUAGUCAGGGAGAUCGAAGCAUUAUCACGAGUGGAGGCGUCAAUCCUGUGUGGGAGCGGAAGAAUCGGGGACAGAAAGUGUUCCUCGGUGCCAACGAAUCCAGAACAGGCGGUGACUAUAUUCCAGUCAUGCAGAAGCGCAAGACUGAGCUCGUCGAAGUUCAGAACGCGCGGUGGUUGGCUGCAAAACAGCGAAAAACGGAGGCUGGCGCAAAGCCAUCUAAGAUGGAGAUGUAG